CAUCAAAACCACCAUAUUAACACACACAUAAAUCCCUCAUCCCCCAUCACCAAACACCUUUUCUUCAACCCAUCCCAAAAAUAAACACCCAACCCAAAUCCAAUCCAAAAUGGGCCACCCAGCACCCUCCCCCUCCGACGAACCAACCCCACCCUACGAAGAAUCCCCCAACACCAACAACCACCACCACCAUCUUCCCCACCAGGUCCGUCCCCACCAAGCCUUACCAAACACCUCCUACCCUGAAACCCCAAACAUAACCCAUCAAAACAUAAUAAUACAGUACAUCGAACUCCCCCAAACAGACCUCGAAACCGGACCCAACCACAGCAGUAACAGCAACAGCAACCCCCACGAUCACUGCGCAGCAUGCGAACGGAUCAUCGCACGUCAAGAAAGAAGACACGCUCAGAUGCAUUGCUGUCGGAUGGUAGCGGUGGUGUUUAUUGUGUUGCUUAUCUGUUUGAUGGUUUUGGGGAUUGUGAUUGCUAGGGCUGCGGCGGGGGGGCAUCAUUAAGCUCGAAGGGGAAUUUGUUGGGGGGGUUUGGAGGGAGGUGUUUUGUGGAGUAGAUAUACUUGUACUUUGGUUGGGGUCUUUGUUUUAUAUUGGAAUUGAAUUUGAUUGGAUUUAUUGGGAUGCGUUGCUGGUGGUGAGAUGUCUCAAACUUCUCAUGAUGGGUGUUGGGGUGAAGGGGGGGAGUAAAAGUCUACUUUUCUUUCUUUUUUCCUCCUUGUUCAUGUAGGUAGUUUUUGUUUGAUGAUAAAUUUUAUCAUUCCAAUUUAUAGAGUAGAUAUUGGA